AGAGCGUAUGGUCAAAAUAAACUAUUCAAGUGAAAGACAACUUGUAAGUUAUCACACUGAGAACUCAUAUCCCCCAUCAAACAAGAAAUAGCAUCUCCCUUAAUGAGUUAACACAGGGCUUGCCUAAAAUUCCUAUCUGCAAUAGAAUUAAAUCAGAUUAACACGCACAAUUACCUUCUACGGCUGACAUAGCAUUGAGGUUGGUGAUUUGUUCAAAAGUCUGCAAAUAGUAAGGAUUAACUUAAUUGAAUUAAUUCUCAAUACACAGAUCCGUACUUUUCACACCAUUGUGCGCUAACCCCUAGAAACAGCCAAUCUCUGGUUUGGAUUGUCAUCUGCAUUUUUAGACGAGGCAAAAUCUCCAAUGACGUCAGUCGAGUAUAAAACAUGGGAGAAGUUCAGAUUGACCACAAACAGAAGUUCCUGUAGCUGUCGAUUGUGCUGGAGGUUGGGCUGAAGACAUACACCAGUAGAUUCAUGGUUUUCACGACUACUUCCGUUAUUUAAACGGGCCUUUUUGUAUUUAAGAAUCGAGAAAAUACAUUUUAUCCUUCUUUUACUUGUGAUGCCCGCUGGCAUGUUCAGCAUCGACAGUAUUUUGGCUGGGAGACCCAGUUGUAAGGACUCCGUUCUAUUGCAUCGGAACGCCCCGGUUGUGUUCUCUAAUUUAACGGAUUCUCUGUACACCGCUGAUUAUAACGGACUGUAUUCACACCCAACUGGACCAUCUACAUCAAAUAUCCAGUCAGUAAAUGGAACUAGAAUUGGAUAUAAUAAUUAUUAUUACGGGCAACUUCAUGUACAGGGGCCAACAGGUCCAGCAUGUUGCGGCGCAAUACCAACGUUGGGCUCGCAACAGUGUCCAUGCAUUCCUGCAGGCUACGAAAGUGCUGGCUCGAUGCUUCUCUCCCCCGUCCCGCACCAGAUGAUGUCUUACAUGAAUGUGGGUACCUUGUCCAGGACGGAGCUUCAGUUGUUAAACCAAUUACACUGCCGACGUAAACGGAGACACCGAACAAUCUUCACCGAUGAACAACUGGAGGCUUUGGAGAACCUUUUUCAGGAAACGAAAUACCCAGAUGUUGGCACGAGGGAACAGCUGGCAAGAAAAGUUCACCUACGUGAAGAAAAAGUCGAGGUGUGGUUCAAAAACAGACGAGCGAAGUGGCGAAGGCAGAAAAGAUCCUCCUCCGAAGAAUCAGAAAACUCUCAGAAAUGGAACAAAUCUACUAAAACAACGACAGAGAAAACAGAGGAAGGGAAAAGUGACGUGGAUUCAGACAGCUGAUAUUUCUAACUGAUCGUAUGUGGAUGCGCACGUCUUGCGCACGCCAUACCCAUAUGAUUUGGACAGAUUGUAAAUAGUGUACAUUCUAUGUGGAAUUAAGUAAUAAAACGUGUUGCCAUGGUGUUGCACAGUUGUAUAGUAAAUAUUACUUGUUAUUAGUAUUUGUAUUUAUAUUUAAUUUAAGACUGUUGUAAUGCACACAAACUAUUUGGUGUUACAACAGAAUGCGUUACAAGUUUUUUUCAAUUGAACAUCUCUUUUAACUAUUAAAUGUUGAACUUGAUAAAUAGCUAUGUUUUAACAUAAUUGAAACCUGUAUGCUUGCGUCCCCCAGAGUUCAAUAUAGUGUUUUUAGUUUCCAACUAAAAUAAUGCAGAAGUGAACAGACGUAUGUACAUGAUUAAUGAGCUUAGAAGCAUACAGACCGCGGGAUAGCCUACAUAUAUUUUUUCCUUUCACGUAUUGUAUUUUAUUGGACGCAUCUAGUCUACAUCUCUUAAAACAACCCAUGAACAGUGAAUAUACAUUAAACGGAAACUGAUCAUA